UCUGUUUCGAAUGAAUUUAUAAGAGUCAAAAUGAAUUCUCCCCAUCCAAUGAUUCAAUUGCCAAUUUCCCAUUGGUACUACUAUUUGAAAUUGGAAAUCUGCUGAUUCCCUCACUGCAAAUAUUCAAUUAAAAUCUCAAAAGAACUGAAGGAAACUGAUGGGCGGAGGAGAAGCAGGCGGUGGCGGCGGUGGUGGAGAGAAGGGGAUUGUGAGUGCAGCGGCUGCCGCAACAGAAAUUACGCUUUUAGUACCUUCUGUAACAGAUGCAAACAGCCGCGCCUUCUUGUCGAUUACAAGACCCCUGCAGAUUCCAAAUGCCUCCCCCGGAUCGGCGAUUGGAUUUGCACCGGUGAGUAUGCAAUCAGUUCCGGGGUUUGAUUUAAUGCUGGGAUGUAACACCAACAAGCCUAAUAUUAUAUACCCGACUAUACCCAGUGAAAGCUCGGCUAUUCCUACAACUUUGCAAGUCAGCCUUCAAGUGCCACGUGUACCAGCAGCUCCUAUUCUCCUCGGGAAAGGGGCAAAGCAGUGGCGUGACAUUGCAAUAAUCACAAUUAUGCAUCUCGAGCACAAUGUAAUAGGUGCAAAACUCAGAGAGGUGGUGAGUGUUGCGUAGCUUUUAUAAUCUGAAAACCUUUCAUUUUUCAUACUUUGGCAAUUGAAAAAUUAACCAAGACAGAAAAAGGGAGGUUCGUAGACUGUUACUUUGAUACAAUAAUAGGACUUUGGGGAAUUUACACAAACGUUACUAAAAUUGAAAGUUUAAAAAAAUUUUUGACUUUCACCAAUUUUUUCCAAAAAUGUCAAUUUUCCCUACAAAAUGUCCACUUUACCCUUGAACACCUUUUUGGAGCAAUAAAUGCUUGAUUUGAAUGCAAUUAAUGGUAUGAUGUGAUUAAUUUUUUUCUUUAAUUUUAACAUUGAAGAUAUCAAUAUUAUAUUGUAUAAUAUGAUUUUUUUGAUUAAAAAAGGGGUGAAAUCUUUACAAAAUACACACACACACGAAUUGUAAGAGUUUCUUCUUCUUCAUCAUCUCCACUCCAUCAUCAACAAGGAAACAAUGAAAGCCAUUGAUCAAUUUCAAAGGUGAGCUAGUAGAAAAAAAUUCUUCUCAUGUCAUACUCGACUACUUUAAAUGUUCAAUACUCAUGAUCAUAUUUAAAUGACUCUUUUCAAUCUCUUAUUCAUUGAUGUGUUUUAUUUUUGGUAUAUUUUAGAAAGAAAAAUAAUACAAAUAUUCUUUAGAAAAUGUGAAGGAUUCCAUAUUUAAUUCCACAUUUAAUGAAGCAUCGAAUGAUAUCUUCUUCAUUUGUAGAAAGAUACAGUGAUGUUGUAGUUGAGAAUUGAUUGUGACCUUUAAUAUUUUCAAUCAAAUCUUCAAACAGUGAAACACAUGAUAUUUAUCUUCCUCGAUAGUUAUGUCAGUUGAACUGUCGAGUAGUAUCUUCGAAACAGUCGAGUUAGACAUUUUAAUUGUCGAACUCGACACUUAGUGACUGUAGGGAUAGAAAAUUUAAUUGUCGAUUUCGACACCUGAAAACUGUUAACCUUUUAUAUCUUUGGUAGUACAUGGAUCUAAGUAUUCUCAUGUGCCAAUUUGAUGUUAUGAAAUGUCGACAUAUGAAUGUGCAGAAUUCUCACUUUUGCAGUCUCAACAUUUCGGGUAUGACUCAUGAUUUGAGAUUCAUCGUGUCGCAUGGAAGAAAUUUCUUUCACUUGGAUGAUGAAUGGAAAUGGAGAGGGGACAAAACCACUUCCAUUUUAGCAUCGAGAAGUAUUACCGUAGCAGAACUUGUGUUAUGGUUGAAAGACAAAUUUGGUAUCGUUGAAUCCUGCAAUGAAAUCAAAUUGAAGUUUAAAGUCCCAAACUUGAAUAUACCUUCGGCAGAGAUACGCGACGAUGAGGACUUACAAUGGUACAUAUCUGUUCAUAAGGAAACCGCACUCUGCGUCACUAUUUUGGAAAUCGAGUUCCCGAGUGUUGAUAUGGCAACGGAUGCAAACUGUGCAGGGAACUUGUUCGGCCCAACGGAAUGUCCGCAGAAUGUACAACAUAACGAGAUCAAUCAUCAGCACAAUGUGUCGUAGACCCAAGCACCCGAACCUCCAAUUGACCGUAUAGAGGUUGCAGCAUUCGAUGACCACUCAGACAACCCAUUACAUGGUAUAGAUGGUGAUGUUAUUGCUGAAAUUGACGAGACAAUGUUAUCAAAUUCUAGAACUUCGUGCAUAGAUGAGUGGAUUACAGCUGCAAAUACAUCCGUUCUCGUCGAGAAGCAAAUAUUAUUUAGCAAGAAACAGUUGUACUCGAAGCUUCAUGUACUUGCUUUGCAAGAGAAGUUCCAAUUUCAGGUAAGUAGGUCAAGCUUGAAAAUGUCAACAGUUGUCUGUGUGAUGAUAAUUGCAAGUGGAUACUACGUGCUUCUAUUGUCAAGCAAUUUGCAAUUUUCAUGAUCCGUAAAUUCAUUACAAUUCACACAUGUUCCCUUGAUUUUCGUCGUAACGCACAUCGGCAUGCCACUAGUUUUGUAAUUAUGGAGCACAUUUUGGGAAAAUUGGAUACUCCAUACCGAUCAUAUCAUCCUACUGAUAUUGUACGUGAUAUGGAACGUGAGUUUGGUGUGAAAAUCAGUUAUAGCAAAGCACGUAGGGGGAAGCUCCAUGCCUUAAAUAUGCUACAUGGUACGCCAGAGGACAGUUUUCAGAAAUUAUCUUCGUACUGUCACGUCGUAGGAGAGAGUAACCUGGGGACCAUAACCCACAUUGAAGUUGAUUCUCUUUAUAGGUUUCAUCACUUCUUCGUAGCUUUUAGUGCAAGCAUUCGUGGUUACAUGCAGUACUUGAGACCCGUUAUUUGUGUUAAUAGCAGUCACUUGAAGGGUCCAUACAAAGGUACACUCCUAGUGGCAACUGCCCAAGAUGGUAACAAACAGAUUUAUCCAUUAGCAUGGGGGAUCGUGGAUGCUGAAACCAAUAAAUCCUGGAAGUGGUUUAUGUCAAAUGAGCUGUUCCAACUUUUCGGGUCGAGGACUUCGAAUGACUCAUGGGACAGAUUCGUAGAGUGAGCGAAAGAGCGCACGGGUACUUAGAGUGAGCAGGUUAUUCAUUUUGGUCCAGAGCACUAUUUAUUGGACACCGUUACAACAUUAUGACAAACAACAACAAAUAGUUCUUGAACUCGAUGUUGAGAGAAGCCCGGUCGUUACCGAUAAGUGCUUGGUUGAACACAUUCGGAGUACUAUGCAGAAAUAGUUUUACGAACGUCGAACAAAUGCGGAAGAAUGCAGUACCUUAUUGACGCCGAUGAUGGAGAACGAGUUACAGACGACGUUCGAAAAUGGAACUAGGCUUCGAGCCCAUGUCCUAACAAACAACUUCACGUAGGUUGGAAUAUCCAACGACACGGACAUAGUUGACUUGUCCGAAGAUACCUGCACAUGUCGUGACUUCCAAGUAAAUCAUAUGCCAUGUGUUCAUGCAAGUCGUGCCGCUUGCUUUAGAGGGAAGUCUAUUUACGAGCUUUGCUUCCCUUAUUACACAUCGGAUACUGGAGGGGUGCUUACAACGAAGCUAUAUAUCCUGUUUCGAAGGAAGUGAAUUGGGUUGUUCCGAACUUAAUUACAUGUACUCCUAUUUUGUCACCACUCGUACGUCGUCCUCCAGGUAGACCACCAACCCGACGUAAGCGUUCUAGGUACGAGUCUGCAUGGUCUAACAGAAAAUGUACUCGUUGUGGUGGAGUUGGUCAUAACCCGUGUUCAAACCCCAAUGUAUCACAUGUUCCUUAGAGAUUUGUGGUCUAAUAGACGUUGUAUGUUCAUUAUUCCGUACUACAUCAAACAUUUUGAAGUUAUGUUUUAAAGUUUAUGAUAAUUACUGUUCUUGCAUGUUGCGCAGCCUUUUGUGCACAUGCAAAUUUCAGACUCUGUUCAGCACGUACUGAACAUCCCGCCCUGUUAAAAUGUCGGUCCUGACAGAUGUGUUACUUAUUCUCGACAAUUGACAGAACCUUGCACUGCACUGCACUCACGGUCUGCUUCACAGAUAUUGUAAACUGUACAUGUUGGGAACACAAAACAACAUAACGGAACCGGUUGGACACUGUACAUGUUUUUUUAUUUUCCAUCUAAAAAUGUAAUCUUCAAUCCCCAAGAUAUUUACUAUCAUUUGCAUCAUCGUAAAUCGUGGACUAAAGUUAGUGUAUGAUAAACACAAUUUCAUAACACCCGUUCAACAUACUGCAAAAUACAGAUCCAUUUACAAACAUAUGAUCCUUAAUGCCCGACAGUUAAUAUGUUGUUCCCGACAGAUAGUCUCAGUAAUUCUCGACAGUUGGAUCGGAACACACAAACUACACUACUCGAAUUACAUCUUAGGGACAUGUUUAUGUAGACUUUUUGGUUUUGUCUAACCAAAGUCAUCCCUACAAAAUACCUAACUAUACAAUACUUAUUCACUACAUUCUCUGGGUGUCACUUCAGUCGUCGUCGACAACAACUGAACCAUCUUCCCCGCUUCCUCACCUGACUCGUCCGACGAGAUGAUAAUUACCUCGUUUGGUGCCUCUUACGCCAUCCAGUCAUCGUCUUCCGAAUCCCCCUCGUAUCCGGCGUCGAGCUUGAAGACCUCAUCGAGCACACCGUUCGGUGAUUGCGCACCCUCGUUGGAAACAUCUUCUAAGUUGGGAAAAGGACCAGGGGAAAUGGUUCUCCUACCAAUACGAGGGCUAACUUCCUCAUCAUCUAAUGAAAUAUAGAUUGAAAAUAAUGGAGAUGAACCGAGAACUGGUAGUGGCUCGUUGAUGUUCAACGGUUCGGUGUUUUCUGUGGAAGAACUCAUUACGUGAACGUAUUUUAGUAUUGAUGGAACGAUAAGUGUCUGUGAGAAGUUGAAUGUCUCACAGUGCUUUUCAAGUAGCUUGUUUGUAAGUGAGAAUGAACCCCCACAGUAUUUAUAAGCUACUUGAAGGAGAAGCAAUUAUGGUUUUCAUCUACCCAGCCACCAAGUCCAAUCUCUUUGUAAAUUUGAAAAGCAAUUGAUGUGAUGGUUGAAUAAAUGAAGUGUACUUUUAUCCUCCAUUUUUCCAUACUUAGUACGAUCUUAAACACUCUUUAAUCAUGUCUACAAUUAAGGAAAUAUCCAUACCUGCAACAGAAAAUUCCUCAAUCAAACUGCUAGUUUUCAAUUGCCAUGCUUGUGAUGGUAUAGUUUCUCACACUUACGGGUCAUCAUCGCAACGCACAUGUAAGACGAAGAACGGGAAUUUUUUUUUACACAUUAACUGAUUUAUGAAUUACUUGUACCGUGGUUGUCAUGAUUUUGACACU